AUGCCGUAUGUGCCGGCAGGCCAGUCGCCGCCCUUUGAGGUCGUGGAUGACCUACACCAUGGCGCAUGGGUGAUCAUCACCGCCGCCUUAGGGCUGGUGGUUUCACUCGUUUGCUUUUUGAUCCGGCUUUAUGUGCGGCUUAUGCUGAUCCCGCCUUUUGCGAGGGAUGACUGGGUUUUGUUAGGUGCUACUACUAUUGCGAUUGUGCAAUCGAGCUUGAUUUUCUAUGCUUGUUCGCGCGGAUUCGGGACUUCAAUAUCGCUGCUGAAAAAUGGGAGACUUGAUCAGAUCCAGGUUUUAAUUGCAACAAGCGACACCAUCGCUUUAAUUAUCAUCUACCUAUCCAAGUGCUGUGUCGUGGCUAUUUACCUACGCCUGACACCACAGAAACAGCAUAACCGCGCAUCUUGGGCGACACUGGCAUUAUGCACAGCUUGGGUUAUCCCAGCUAUUUUCAUUAUACUCGUUAAUUGCGAGCUGAACACACCAUGGCGCAGCGAUAAUGGUCAAUGUCCAGACUUGUAUCAACGAUGGCAAUUCAUCGCUGCAGUCGACGUCAUUACAGAGAUCCUCCUCUUCGUACUAGCCGUUAUCCUUUUAAAGGGUCUCUUCAUGUCUGUUCACCGCAAAUUAACCGUCGGCUUUGCAUUUAUCUUCCGCUUUCCCCUGAUAAUCUUCUCCCUACUCCACAUCUCAGCCCUACACACCGCCCUCAAACAAACAGACAUGACACUCGCCUCCGUCGAACCAACAGUAUGGAUGCAAGUUGAGCUACACUAUGCCCUAGUAGCAUGCAGCGUCUUCUGUCUCCGUCCGUUCAUGGCAGCCGUCAGCACAAAUUACGGAACGGCAGGUGACUCGACGCUGGAAAGUAGUGCGUCGCGAUCACGCAAAGAAGACUCCAAGUCUGGGUCUGGGUCGGGAUCAAAUGAGAACUCUAGAACGAUUUCUAGAAUGGCCGGAUCGAGAUCACAUUCGCGCGUGCAGCGCAAACGAGCUGGCACGGCGCCAAUGGUACCGGCUUCUGGGUCGGGGGAGGUCAAGAAUUCGAAUCAAUCACGUGGGGAUGUGUUGUCUGGCAAGAAUAUACUGGAUGGCGAUGCCGAGGGCGAUAUCAACAAUACUACAUUAGAUCGGAUACCGAUGCGCACAUCGAUGUUUCCGCUCGGUGCGCGAAAGAGUCUUCCGAAGAUAGAUAAAGCCAAGCAUGUGGUACAGGGGAAUUGUGCUACAGACUCGGAUUUGAUAGAGCUUGUACCGAGACCGUAUAGUCGGCACGAGAGGGGUGCGAGUGCACAGACUCAUACUCCUGAUGACGAGGAUCGGAUGGUUAUUAGGAAGGAGGUUCGCUAUUCUAUUCAAUAUGAAGAUGAGGGACCUAGAAGGGUUGAAGGAAAGGCCCUUGAUGUUUCAGCUUAUAUAUAG